AUGGAUCAGAAGAUUAAUCGACGUUAUCUUGAACAAUAUAAUAAACGUCAAAUGCUAAUAGCAUGUCGAAAUGCUUUGACAAACAUUCAUGAAAAUGGCCAUUUUAUUUGCAAAUUAACCGAUACAUUAACACGUUUUACCACUGGUUUAAUCUAUUUGCUCUAUCGUUCAUUCAAAUCAAUAUGUAUUCUUCGUCCAUNUUCUGAUCUUUCAAUUUUACCAAUGGAUCAGAAGAUUAAUCGACGUUAUCUUGAACAAUAUAAUAAACGUCAAAUGCUAAUAGCAUGUCGAAAUGCUUUGACAAACAUUCAUGAAAAUGGCCAUUUUAUUUGCAAAUUAACCGAUACAUUAACACGUUUUACCACUGGUUUAAUCUAUUUGCUCUAUCGUUCAUUCAAAUCAAUAUGUAUUCUUCGUCCAUUUACACUUGAUCCAUCAUCAUCUGAACGAUUUCUAGUUUGUUAUCAAUUACAAUCUCCUGUCAAUCAAUCAAUUAUUAAACAUCUCGAUGAUCUGUUAUUGAGAUAUGAGAAAACAGAAGAUAUUCUCGAAGUUGUACCUGUUAAAUGUUUGAUUGAACCAGAGUUUCAACAAUAUAUUGCUGAUACAAGUCAACGCUUAUUGCAAAGAGAAAUUGAAGGUUUAGACAAAUAUCUUUGGCUAGUUGAAAAUGGACAAGAUCAAAAGAUCGAUCUGACAAUGAGCAAUGAAGAUUUGAAUGAAGCGCAUGAUUGUGUGACUGUUGAACGUCGUCGCCCCGCAUCAUCUGAUGAACCUGAUUCAGGCAUUGAAUUACCAUUUGGUUGGAUCAAACAAUGGAGUAAACGAGGAGAACAAUUUUAUUAUUUUAAUACACAAACGAAAGAAUCGCGUUGGGAACCACCAAAUUGA